GGUACAGUUGUCGUGGCGAUUCAGUUUGACAUUUUUUGGGUUCACAUACAGAUUGUUCUGGACAAGACACACCACACGAGUGUCUCACAUUUAAUUUAGCGAAUUGGCAUGUCUUUUUCUAGCAAAGGCUAAGCAGCUAACCGGGGUUGUGCAGGAUUGCUAACUGUCACUGUUCGUAUCAAAACCCCCAAAAUAAAAAUAUGAAGGUAGAGAUGACUUCUUCAGACUGGCACCUGUCUCUAAAGCUGGUGGAUCAGCCCAAAUCCAUCUUCCACUUCCCAGAAAUGAUGCCAGGAGAUGUCCCACCUGGAGGAUACAGAAUCGCUACUUUAAAACAACUUGUUGCAGCACAGAUCCCAGACUCCAUCCCAGACCCUGAGCUAAUAGAGCUGGUCCACUGUGGGCGGAAACUUAAGGAUGACCUAACUCUGGAUGCCUGUGGGAUUCAACCUGGAUCCACCAUACACAUCCUCAAAAAGACUUGGCCUGAACCAGAGAGCAGUUCAGAGCCUGUGAACAGAGCAACUGCAGCCAGGGAGUUCAGGGUGUUUCAUGCUGCUCUUCACUCUCUCAACUCUGCCUACAGAGACUCAGUAUAUAAAAUGCUAACAAAUAAAGAGUCUCUGGAUCAGAUCAUCGUGGCCACACCAGGGCUCAGGUCAGACCCAGUCGCCCUCGGGGUGCUCCAAGACAAAGAUCUCUUCGUGCAGUUCACAGACCCUAACAUGCUGGAUGUAUUGAUCAGUUCACACCCGGCCCUCGUCAACGCCAUCAUCCUGGUCCUGCACUCUGUGGCAGGCAGCAUGCCCGCUCAGUCCAGUGCCAGCUCGUCUCGUAAUGUCUCUGCCAGUUCUUACAGCGAUAUGCCAGGGGGCUUUAUGUUUGAAGGCAUGUCUGACGAUGAGGAAGAUUUCCAGUCCGGGAGCCCAGCAGGACCCUCAAACAGAGCAGGAGGCUCAGCAGGAAUACGACCGGUGUCUCUGAGCCACAGUGGAGCGACAGGCCCUCGACCAAUAACACAGAGCGAGCUGGCAACAGCCUUGGCCCUCGCCAGCACCCCUGACAGCAGUGCGGUCACUCCAACGACUUCAAGCACGGCGGACCCCUCCAGUGGCGUAGCCCCGAUGCCAGCAGGGACCCCAGUCAGUAACGAUCUCUUCAGUCAGGCCCUACAGCAAGCUCUGCAAGCCUCUAACAUGUCUGCUUUACAGGGCCGCUGGCAGUCCCAGAUGCAGCAGCUCAGGGACAUGGGGAUCCAGGAUGAGGAGCUGAUGCUGAGGGCGCUGCAGGCCACAGAUGGUGACAUCCAGGCUGCCCUGGAGCUCAUAUUUGCUGGAGGCCCAGGACUCUGAGUCAGUACCCCAUGGAGGAAGGUGUUUAUAGAGGACAGAGAGCAGGAAAAAUCUUGACAUCCUGCUGCCCAGACAUGAUAUAUUCUGGCUUUAGACAUACACUAUACAGAUUUUUUACCCCAUUUCAAUACAGUAUCACAUCUGAGCUCCUCAAAGGUCAUGACAGCAUUUUCUUAUUGAUGUGAGUGGACUUGUAAUAAAUUUAAACAUGCUUACCUCAUCAACUCCUGAGCCGCACUUCCUGUUAUUUGAUAGGUGGGACUGACUGUAAAUGCAUUGGUCUAAAUUUGCUAUUGAACUGAAAUGCUGAUUUGCAAUUAUAAGGUCACCUUGUGGCUGCUCAGAUUCCAUUUCCCUUGUUUGGUUCUUGAUGGUACAAACACACAGUGGGAUCCAAAUUCUGAGACCACACACAAAAAUCUCUAAUAUUUUAAUGUAAACCUAGAAAUAAACAGAGAAUUUGAGGUUUCAGAAACAUUUAAAAUCACCCAAGUUAUGACAUGUAAAAUGGAAAAGAAAUAUUUUAAAUCCCGCAACAUUUGAUUUGUUCAAUUUAAAGCAAAACUGUGGGAUUGACCGAUUUAACUCCUUUGUAUAAAAUGUCAGAUUUCCUUGAGAUGUAUCCCUUUCAUUGAAGCAUAGGUUCAGAUCACACUGGAUUUGAUGUGAUCUACUCAUGUGAGGCUCGUUCAAGUCACUCAGCUUGCAGCCAGUGUUCACCUGUUAUAAAUAUGGCUGUGCCUCUAAUCUCCAGCAGCUCAUUACUCACUGCAGCAUUGUGCUAGUGAGAAACAUGGCAUCAGAACAAAGUGAAAGUGUCAGAAGUCAAAUUGUUUUUUUAUUCAAAGAGGAGCUUCCUCAGUGUCAGAUCAUGGCUAGACUAAAGGUCUGUAUGAGGGGAGGGCAGUGCAUGGAACUCAGACACUUUGCAAGAACUACUUGACUGCCUGUGACUCAGGAGGUAGAGUGGAUCAUCCACAAUCCCCAAGACACUGAACCCCAACCUGCUCCUGAUGGCUAUGUCAUCGGUUUUAUGAGUGAAUGUGAAGUGGCCACCAUAGUAUGAAUGUGUGUGUGUGAAUAUGUGACUGUGGCAUGUUGUGUUAGAGCACUUUGAGUGGUGAGAAGACUAGAAAGGUCCAUUCCAUUUCCAUGAAGACCAAAGAUGAUCAAGGAGUCCUGACUGUCAUGGAGUUUCCUCAACAGUAACCUGACCUCAAGCCCACCGAACAUUUAUGGAGGGCACUUGAAAACUGAGUAAGUCAAGAAUUCAGUAAUAUAACGAGAAGCUCUCAAAUUAUGCUGGGUUAACAUGGUUAACAUACCAGCUCGAGUUCAUACAGUCAUUAAAGCAAAAAGGGGGACGUACCAAAUACUAUGGUGUUCUAAAAUUCUUUUUUUUAAAGAUUCAACUCUUCACGCAAAUGUUAAGCUGAUAUUGUCAUUUGUCAUGAAAAACAUAGUGUUACAGUUUAAACAAAUGCUAAUUAGAGAGUAUCUUGGUUAGUGGUCUCAGAUUUUGGACCCCACUGUGUGUUAUCAUGUAAGUAUUUAGUGGCAGUAUUAAAAUGUGUGCUCUAAAAAACCAUUCUGUAUUUACUCACUCUAUGUAAUUCAUGUAUUUGUACACUAGAUGGCAAUGCAGUAGUUUGUUUCUAUCCAUAUGGCUGAUUAUCAUAAGUCACCCUUGCAGACACACUGUUGUUUAUUUGCUCUUUCUUUCUUUCCUAAAUUUCAAGUCACGCUCUUGAGCUGCCUUCUGCUGAACAGCCUUUGAUAAACGCUUGUUUUAUUUGUA